UAUCUUGUUGGGUUGUUCCUCAGGCUAUAUUAUACAAGAGUAAAAUUGGGAACUCCGGCAAAAGAAUUCUAUGUACAGAUAGAUACUGGAAGUGAUGUGCUAUGGGUUAGUUGCAAUCCCUGUAAAGGCUGUCCCUCAUCCAGUGGACUUCAAAUAGAGCUCGAGUUUUUUGAUCCUCCCAGCUCAUCCACGGCUUCACCGAUCUCAUGUUCUGACCAGAGGUGUGCUCUGGGGGCUCAGUCGUCUGAUUCUGGUUGUUCGGGCCAGAACCAGUGUGGGUAUACCUUCCAGUAUGGUGAUGGCAGUGGGACAUCUGGCUACUAUGUGUAUGACUCGAUGUAUUUCGACUCUGUAGUUGGGAGUACAUUGGCUUCCAAUAAUUCAGCACCUGUUGUUUUCGGUUGUAGCACAUCACAAACUGGGGACCUUACCAAACCAGAUAGGGCAGUUGAUGGUAUAUUUGGUUUUGGACAGCAGGGAUUAUCUGUGAUUUCACAGCUUUCAUCGCAGGGAAUCACCCCAUAUUCGUUUUCUCAUUGUUUGAGAGGAGAGAGUGGUGGUGGUGGCAUAUUGGUUCUUGGUCAAAUAGUGGAGCCAAAUAUGGUUUUCACUCCACUUGUUCCAUCACAGCCACAUUACAAUGUAAAUUUACAAAGUAUAGCUGUAAAUGGCCGGACACUGAGCAUUGAUUCAUCUGUUUUUGCGACUUCAAGCAACCGUGGAACAAUAAUUGAUUCAGGCACAACUUUGGCAUACCUUGCGGAAGAGGCUUACGAUCCAUUUGUUACUGCAAUCACAGAAACCGUCUCAGGAUCGGUUCGCCCUCUGCUUGCAAAGGGAAAUCAGUGCUAUCUAACUACCUCGAGUGUCUCAGAAAUAUUCCCACAAGUUACUCUGAACUUUGCUGGUGGUGCAUCAAUGAUUCUCAGGCCUCAAGACUAUCUUUUGCAGCAGAAUUCUAUUGGUGGUGCUGCAGUGUGGUGCAUCGGCAUUCAGAAAAUUCAGGGUCAAGGAAUUACCAUUUUAGGCGAUCUUGUUCUGAAAGAUAAGAUUGUUGUGUAUGAUAUAGCUGGUCAAAGGAUUGGAUGGGCAAACUACGACUGUUCGUCAUCUGUGAACGUCUCUACAACCACCAGUACAGGUAAAACGGAGUUCUUCAAUGCUGGGCAAGUUGACAAUAGCAACUCGGCAGAUUAUGCGCCUUCCAAGCUUAUACCGAUCUUCGUUGUAGCACUACUACUGCAUAUAGCAUUCUUUGGCGUCCCCCCAUUAUUGUGAUAUGAAUCAUGAUGAAUCUCUUGUGUGAGGUUUUAUGUAAAUUCUUUUCAUUUUGGUAGUUUCUAUGUUGUAUACUUAGAUAAAAUUGCAGGCUUCCAAGUUAAGUUAAAAGAUACUACUAUAUCUUUAUUAGAAUAGAAUUGGUCUUGUCUUGUUGCACUUUUAAAAAUUUGUAGAUUUAUUGCACAGAUUUUUACUUAUUUUUAA